UUUUUUUAUUUUUUUAUUUUACCUUUAUUUAAUAGAGUAGUUUGUUUGAUUUUGUUAACUAAUAAAUAAAAAAAUUGAGACUAAGGCGAUCCCUUAAUAUGAAAUGGAGACUAGAGUAAGAAGAUGUGCUGACAACAAGAAAGAAAUUAAAGCUGCUUCGCUCGUUUUCUUAUUUUUAUUUCCUAAAAUGGACAAAUAACAUUUCCUUACUAAAUAUGAAAAGUUGUGAAAAGUGUGUAUCUAACUAGAGCCCGUUAGACCAUGACCAAUUUUGAACAAGAGGGAGGGGUUAACAUAAGUUAUCUUGUCCUGACCCAAUCUGCUAAUUAAACAUACUUAAAUUCCUAAAACAAUUUUAAGGGAGUCCAUUAGGCCCGCACAAAUUUUAAGCAGGAGAGAGGGAAAUAGAAAGCUACCUAAACAAACAAACAAACAAAACUAAUUGAACUUUGUGACAAAACAAAACCGAAGUGAUGAUACAAUAGUUUCACAUUACGCUAUUUUGAAUGUCCCACUACGUAAGAAUAGUUUAUUUUAAAAGGCUACUUCAGGCUGCCGUUGCUGUAUACGUAAAAGAUGCGUAUCGAAAACUUCCUAAACUUGGUGAACACGACGGUAUAAGCUGGUGAGUGGUGACGCUAAGGGUGGACAUUACAAGAAUGUAAACUGGAACUUAGUAAAGUUUAAAAUUAGAUUACUCAAGUGGCGGGAAUUUAAUAAGGCCCUUAAUAGAAAAAAGAAUCUCAACAAUGACUUUUGUCCUAAAAAGACUCUAAAUUAGGAGAUGGCUUUGGAUAAAGAGACGACUCCUCAGGAUUCUUUCAAUAAAUGAAGCUAAGAAAAGUGUCCACUCAAUUCAAAUAGAGAAAAUCAAAAGCAUACCAUUUAUAGGAUUAGAGUCUAAUUAAUAUUUUAACAAGAAAACUAAUACUCCUACUAAUAUAUUCAUUGGUCAACGGAAAACAAUUAAAUUAGUAAUCAAAUUCAAAACACAAAGACAAAACCUUUUAUUUCGGGUGUCUCGAGACGAAAAUUAAAAGUUCAAAAAUCCCUUCUAUUUGUUUCCUAUAAUCCUCUGUCUUUCAAUUUCUUAGGGUUUUGAGAAAAAAAAAACGUUAAAAGUGAUUUUAAUGGUGGUAGACAAAAGCAGCGAAGCUUCUCCUUUGUGUUGUGCUCUUCCAAUGUAACUGCUUACUCAUUCCUAUGGUUUUGUUUUUGUUUCCCGUUCUUGAUUAAGUCUUGUUUGUAGAAAAGAAAUGAUAUGUCUGAAUAUUCUUUCAUACUACUCUUGCAGGUACAGCCCAAAAUAUUCAAGUUAUGUCACUGAAGAAGAUUCAAACGACCUGAACCAUACUCCAAAACACAAAAGAACCAACGUUUUGCUCACUAAUUCUGCUUCAACUCACGAUCUGAGACGUCAAGAGGUAGAGAAAGAGAAGCAAGAUACUAACUCACCGAGAGGAGCCCUAGAAGCCUGCUUAACACGAUGCUCAAUCUCCUCCACCUCUUCCUCCUUAGACGAUCCUCCUCCAAACAGAGAAGCUACUGAAAACGCAAACGCAGACGCAGAAGCAGGUGGUAAGAAUCACAGAGCAUCUUCUAAUUGGGGAAAGUUCUUCAAACAUUGGAAACGCAAAUCCAUGAAACGCCUCUCUUCCUUUCCUCCAUUAGCACAUAGACGCAAUAAAAACGUAGAUCAGCACAUAGACGGUCUAAACGUUCACGACAUCUACGACUUUCAAUCAUCUCUACACAGCUUCUCAAUCACUGACCUAGAAAUCGCAACUGAUAACUUCAGCCCCGAAAAUAUAAUCGGAAGAGGCGGUUACGCAGAGGUUUACCAAGGGAUUCUACCAGAAGGGAAGCUAAUCGCUGUGAAACGUCUCAUAAAAGGCACACCAGACGAGCAGACAGCUGAGUUUUUGUCCGAACUAGGGAUUAUAGCUCAUGUUGAUCAUCCUAACACGGCCAAGUUCAUUGGUUGUUGCAUCGACGGUGGAAUGCAUCUCGUUUUCUGGCUAUCUCCUCUUGGAAGCCUAGGCUCUCUCCUACAUGGACCUUCAAAAGAUAAGCUGACUUGGAACAGACGUUACAAGGUAGCGUUAGGAACAGCAGAUGGACUAAUGUAUCUACACGAGGGUUGUCAAAGACGUAUCAUCCAUCGAGACAUCAAAGCUGACAACAUCCUCCUCACUGAGGAUUUUCAACCGCAGAUAUGCGAUUUCGGAUUAGCCAAAUGGCUUCCUAAGCAGUUGACGCACCACAACGUAUCCAAAUUCGAAGGAACAUUUGGGUACUUUGCGCCGGAAUAUUUCAUGCACGGAAUUGUCGAUGAGAAGACCGAUGUUUUCGCCUUUGGAGUUCUUCUAUUGGAGCUUAUAACCGGCCAUCCUGCUCUUGACGAUUCUCAGCAGAGCCUUGUCUUAUGGGCGAAGCCGUUACUAGAAAAGAAAGAGAUAACGCAAUUGGUGGAUUCGUCUCUUGGAGAUGAGUAUAACGUAGAAGAGCUUAGCCGGUUAACUUCCACAGCUUCUUUAUGCAUAGAGCAGUCUUCUCUUCUACGACCCCGGAUGAGCCAGGUUGUGGAAUUAUUAUUAGGUCAAGGAGGUGUUGAUAUGACUCUAAGAGAAGACAAGAGAAAUAUGAUGCAACGUACGUAUUCUGAAGAUUUAUUAGAUAGUAUAGAAUAUAACUCAACUAAGUACUUGGGAGAUCUUGAUCACAUUCGAGAGGUUGCUUUAGCUUCUUGAAACUAAACAAAAAAAUAUCAUGUGAAAAAACUAUUUUGGUUUUUGUUCUUUGGAGAAUGUAAAUAUGAAACUCAAGUCUAGAUAUAGUAACCGUUUCACUCAUUUUAACUUCGA